AUGGCGGCUGUCCUCCCGGCAAACACUGCUACUCCCGUGGGAGGUACUUCAAAGUACUUCGACACCGAUACACUCGUCGACGGCUCAGCACCAAAAGUUGCAAAUAGUGCUGGCUUCUUUAAUGCCACUGUCGCAGCCAAUCAUAAUCAAGGUGCUGAAGAGCUUGCACUAUUGAAAUACGUAUACAGCCACCCGGAUCUGGAACAAAUACGUGGCAACCCAGAUGCGGUCUGCAAUGCCAUCGACGACUUCGCUGCCACGAUCCCGCGAGGGUUGAUGACCAUCGGAGCAGAGAAACGCGAGUUUAUAACCAAACUUCUUACUACCGCUGAGCCUGCACCAACCCUAUUUCUGGAAUUCGGCUCCUAUGUUGGCUACUCUGCCAUAUGCCUUGCCAGCGCCAUGGUGGCCCGGGCUGGCCCCGGACAGCGCGUUCGCUAUCCCGUUGCUGCCAGUCUCGCCGAUCUAGCAGGCUUACGAGACAUUGUCACCAUAUAUGUUGGCUCGGCUUCGGAGUCGUUGGCACGCCUCGUCAAGGAAGGAAAAGUGUCAAAAAGCACUGUUGACUUCAUGCUUCUGGAUCAUUGGAAAGAUUUCUACAUUUCCGAUUUGCAGUUGUGCGAGAAGCUUUCCCUACUCAAACCUGGCUCUGUUGUUUUGGCCGAUAACAUCGUCUUCCCGGGCGCCCCAGAGUAUCUAGCAUAUGUCCAGGCGGGUAAGGCGGAGGCCUCACCUGAUGGAUUUAGCUAUACGACCAAGACGGCAGAUUUCAUCCUUCCUUUUGGUGGCCCUGAUCAACUCGCCAUCUCCACCGUAUCUUAG